CACCAGGAACGCAUCCCACAAAGCUUCGCCUUGGACUUUAUUCCUCACUUUAUCUCAGUGUCUUCAUGUAAAACCCACUGUUCCCAUCGACUUGGAUAUGGCCUUUUGUGAGGUCUGAAAAAAUCGCUCUCAUCUCGUCUCGUCUCGUUGAGCCCCGCUUUGUGUCGCCUGAGCGUAUCCGUGUCUUCAGACUCAUUUCCUGCCUGUCAAGUGACAGGGAACAACCCGACUUUAUCCAAAGACAUUGCCAUCAUGAGCGACAGACACCAUGCUCGUCUGGAUCCCAUCCAGGAAGAAGAGCCAGAAGCCAUCCCAGUCCCUGCAGCCUGCGAGCCCGUUGCGCAAACUAAUCCCCCAGAAAGUCCCAUGCGACGCCUUUCGCAGUGGCUGUGGCCAUGGUGGACGGCGACAGAAUCUGAAGUCCACGAAACCCUUGUCGACAGGGCCUCUAACGUCAAACCCGACUGUAAUAUCACUGCAUCCAAAACAACUUCCGGCUCCAAGAUUCAGCAAACCAGCUCUAGAUCUCGUUCCACGUCGGCACGCAGAACCGAAGCGGAGUCUUCAUCCCGCAACGACAAGAUCCCAGAAGAAGAAAGCAUUCCCUGCAAAGCCUGUCGCAUCGGGGGAGCUGUUUGUGAUCGCCAACGACCCCGAUGCUCACACUGUCUCGACCAGCAGAUCUUAUGUUUUUAUGUCGAGCCAUUGCGACUUACGAUGGCCAGGAAUAAGAAAGCGCGCGCUACUAUCACGCAAGCGCAAAUAACGCCAUCUCAGCUGCAGCAGAGUCACUGUCAGUGUUAGUCGCAUCUGAUAAGAUAUAGCCUGUCUUAAUUAAUUUCGAUCGCAUUUCUGGGGGGCUCAAGACUAUCUCUUAUCGACGGUUAGAUACGGAGUAGAAAAAACUGGGGAACGAUAAGAUGCGGAGUAGACACAUCCGUUAUGGAAUGAAAGUUUCUUCCUGCUAUGUCACAAGCAGGAAUGAUUUACACAGAAGACUGAAUCUGUCCGUGGAUCGACUGAGGAUUUAUACGAGAAAUCUCAAUAUGUGUGCUAUACGAUAUAACAGUGCGACUGAAAGAACACCUGAAUUACAAC